UUCCUCCAUCUGCAAAGUGUUUGUACUCUGAGUAUGGAGAAAUUGGAGAUUAAUCGUUCUGACUUUGGGAAAGAUUUCCUCUUUGGAACUGCAACAUCUGCUUAUCAGGUUGAAGGUGCUGCGAAGGAAGGCGGUAGAGGCCCUAGCAUAUGGGACGAGAUGUGCAGAAAGAAACCAGACAAGGUUAGAAAUUAUGACAAUGGAGAUGUAGCAGCGGAUUCAUACCAUCUGUAUAAGGAAGACGUGCAAUUGUUGAAGCAACUUGGUUUUGACUACUACAGAUUUUCAAUUUCAUGGACUAGAAUACUGCCAGGAGGAAGAUUGAAUGCCGGAGUGAACAAAGAAGGAAUCCAGUACUACAACAACCUCAUUAAUGAACUCUUGGCCAAUGGCAUUCAGCCUUUUGUUACCCUUUUGCACUUUGACGUGCCUCAGGCUCUAGAAGAUGAGUAUGGAAGUUUCCUAGAUGAAAAAAUAGUGGCCGAUUUUGCUGCUUUUGCAAGACUAUGCUUUUGGCAUUUUGGAGAUCGAGUGAAAAAUUGGAUCACAAUCAAUGAGCCUUGGACUGUAUCAUGUUUUGGCUAUGCAGCUGGGACAUUUCCUCCCAAUCGAGGUUCAAGUUCAGCGGAUCAUGGGUCCCUCAGCAUUGUUCAGCAUAGAUGUGAUGUUAUGCAUCCGCAAAUUUGCCAAAAUGGAGAUCCAGGGACAGAGCCGUACACUGUAACACGCAACAUGCUUCUUGCUCAUGCUGAAGCUGUUCGAAUAUACAGACAAAAGUUUCAGAGUGCUCAAGGAGGCCAAAUUGGAAUAACCCUUAACGCCACUUGGUUUGAACCAUACAAUGCUGAAUCAGCAGAUGAUGCAAAGGCAGCUGACCGAGCCCUUGAUUUCACGUUUGGCUGGUUUAUGGAUCCAGUAACAUAUGGUCAGUAUCCCAAGUCAAUGACUGAUCGUGUACCAGAAAACCGUCUUAAACGUUUCUCGGAUGAUGAAUCAGCCAAAUUAAAAGGAUCAUAUGAUUUUCUGGGGCUCAAUUAUUAUACUGCUAAUUAUGCAUAUAAUGAUCCUACUGUUUAUCCAGAGCCUAGUUACUUAACAGAUUCGGGUGCCAAGACUACGGCGACUGGUCCUGACGGCAAACCCAUUGGUGAACGUACAUCUUCUGGUUGGAUAUACAUUUAUCCAGAGGGACUUUUCAAGCUCUUGUGUCUCAUCAAGACGCGUUACAAUAAUCCAGCAAUUUACAUCACUGAAAAUGGUGUCGCUGAUGCUGGUGCUCUAGAUGGUACGAUUUACCUUUCUCUAUCCGAUGAUAUUAGGAUCAGGUAUCACCGCGAUCACCUAAAGACACUAAAACGGGCAAUCGACCAGUAUUCUGUCAGCGUGAAAGGUUAUACCGCGUGGUCAUUACUUGACAAUUUUGAGUGGGCAGUGGGAUAUAAAGACCGUUUUGGCAUUUGUUAUGUGGACUUCAAUGAUGCAAAUUUGGCAAGAUACCCAAAGGACUCAGCCAUAUGGUUUAAGAACUUCCUCAAACCUAGACCUGUAAAGGCACUUUCGACAUCUGACAAUGCGCAGAUGCCAGCUUCUGCAAUGGAACUUCCUGGUUAUGAGACCCCUGCUAAGAGGGCUCGUGAAAGUUACUAGUCCUUUCUAAUUCAUGCCUGCUGAUUAAAGUCAAGUGGCUUGGCUUUGCACCACAGUUUCUGUUGUAACUAGUCAUGGAAAAAAUUAGGUUUAGCACGUACGAGACCUUUGUGUUGUUUGAAACCUGGUGAAUGCUUUGCACCAGAGUUUCUGUUGUGAGUCAUGAAAUAAUGUUUAGCCUUUUCAGGCUGGAUUGUCAAGUCUUCCCUGCGUUUAGUCUCUCGUAUUUGCUGUCAAUGCUAAUCGCGAUGUAAGAAGGUUGGUGGGGAGCAAGCUUCCUGCCUCAUGUGUCCUGCAGCGCGGAUCAGCUAAACACAAAAUCUUUUCUACACUAUACGUUUGACGGAGUCUAAAGUUUAUAUCAGGAUUAAUCUUUUCUACACUGUACAUUUGACGGAGUUAGAUGAAUGUCACAUUAUUUGAAUUUGAAUUUCAAAUUUGAUAUACGUGGCAUGCAUUUAAACCCGCUAGUAUAUAUAUUGUCAGUAGAUAAAAUUCA